AUGGGAGCCUCCGCGCGCCGCCGAUCCGUCCUGUCAGCCCUUAAUUUGGCAGCCGAGCACUUCCCGCCGCGAACCUUCUCCAUUGUCGUGGUCAUGGAUCCGGCGUCGGUCGCUCCUCGGUCUGAUGCCGCCGAGUCGUGUCAUGCACCGGCCAUCGCUACCGCUCACUUGGCACGCUUUGAGUUCAGUGAUGAGGGAACAAAGGUUCUCAUGGUCGAGUGGCAGCCCGAAACAGAGCUCCCGGAAGUUCUCAACGUCGACUCCACCACUGCCCCGGCGCCGCAUCCCGACUACAGGCCCGUGAACUCUAAUUUUGAGCAGCCACGCGAUGCCCCGGGCCCCGACACACAUGCCGGCUGGGAGGUGUCAUGGCCGGGUAAGUCUACUUUGCUGCCUGCACGCGACGCAGAUCAAGACGGCAGCAAGCGUCGGGUGUACUUUCUCUUGCCCGAGGAUGUUCCUGUGCCGCCAACUGUCACCAUCGCUCGCCGCGGCCAGUCCAGCUUGGUGCUGAAGCCACUGCCUGCCAUAUUUCCGCCGGGCUUUGAUGCCGAGUCUGGCUCACGCGGUGUGCUUCACACACUGUGGGCAAAGAAGCGUCUGCGCGAGUUGGAUAGUGAAAUGGACGCCGAGAUGAUGACCAACUCCGAGAGCAUCGGGCUUCAGAUGGCCUAUGCCGAAAAGCAAUGGAUCAUCGAGACUUUUUUGACGAAGCCAACCCCAAUCAUGACCCUACCUCUCUCACCUAUAUCUCCCAUCACUGGCCGACUCGGCGACAAACUCAAAGGAUUGCGCUUAGCAACAUCACCAGGCGACUUACUACCCAGUUCAACGGCCAACACGUUUAUGGGAUCGACUGCUCCCUCGCUCACUCUUUCCCCUGACGGGAAUGAUAUUGCUGUUCCUUCCUUUCCCCUAUCACUCAAUGCGGCUGCCCGAGGCGACUUUACUACCCCCAAAAGCCACCAGGGAGAUACGGAAGACGACCUGUUUGCCUUGCCCAUCAGCCCGCGCAGUCCAGAUAUGAAGAGAAGCCCCUUUGGUGUUUUCUAG